UACCUUCGUGGGUCCGUGUUAGUAUAGUAAACGAACACAGAACUGGUAUUAACAUUAAUAACUUUUUAAUAAGGUUGCAAAUGAGUAACCAUUAACUCGCAUUAUUACACCUUAUAACUAGCAUAAUUUAAAACUAAUUAAGCGUUUAAUCCGGGAUACAGAGAGUUUGUGCUUACGCGACAUAUAACACCAAUUGCUUGCCGUACUUUAGGAACUGUCAUGGCGUCUGUUACUUGACUAAAAACUUUUGACGUGACAAAAAGUUUUUUCCAACUACGUCGUCUUUUACAGACUUGGCAGCUGUCCUCUUGGAGCCACGUAUUGACCUUUCUCAAUACAUAUGGCGUACAAAAACUUUACUUAGAUAUCCAAAAUGUAAAAGUAUGUUUUAACGGUGACCGGUGCAAAGAUGCGCCGCUGAAAGCUAACCGAAGCUAAUCUAGCAGCUUAACUCCAAAGCUCGCGUAUUUCAGGGAUUUUAUCUCACAAAACAUUGACAUUUACUCACCAAAGCGCCUUGUUUCCGUCUUUUUGUGGCCGGUGGUUCUUGCAAAAAUGUGUCGUUUCAUGCGCUACUGUGUUAGCCACUGUUUGCAUGCAUCCAUGACCCGGCUGGAGGAGGUGAACGGAGAGGUGAGCAUGUGGUCAUCCGUACGAUGGCUGGGCUACUUGUCCGGGCUCAAUCUGCUGUUGGCUCUGUGUCUGGGACUGUAUGCCCGCUGGGAGAAGACAGCCGAGUCCACUCUUCUCGUCAUUUUUGUGCUGGCGCUGUUUGUCUUGGGGGUAUCAUGUAUAUUGUACUACUACUUCAACAUGGAGAGGGUCAGCCUCAGCCUCCUCCACCUGUGGUACGGCUUUCUUCUGGGUCUGCUCUGUCUCCUAAACAACAACGCUCUACAGGACGACGUGAAGGAGCAGGCAGCGAACUACAUGCUGCUGGCCAGUAUAGCUCUGAGGACGCUGUGGGCACUGCUGGAGAGACUGCUGGGAUGUGCCAGGUACCGUCCUGCGUUUCUCACCUCAGCUGAGCGACAGGAGCUGGCAGGUUUUGCCAUCGCCAGCACAGUGCUGCUCCUUCAUAAGUCUCUGAGUGUGAUGGUGCUGGUGGUGGCACUGGCUGCAGUCAUGGUCGCUCUCAGGAUGAAGGCAAUAUUUGCCGUUCACAACCUAGUUUGCUUUACCGUUGUCACCGGAGUGCUGUUCUUCAAGUCUCUACAAAUCGACAUCAACCCCUUCGCCCUCGCCUGCUUCUUCAGCCAGCUUAUCUGCGACCCUCUGCUGGAUGUCUACUUCAGUGGCCUCUCGGUGACAGAGCGUUGGCAGCCUUUCCUGGUGUGGCGGGGCCUGUGGCGUCGGCUGUCCCUCCUGCCACUGCUGGUGGUGGAGGUGAUCUUUAUUGUUCUGGCCUCCCAAAAGCUCCGAGACCUGGACCAGUGGUACCUUCUGAUUCCAGGGUUUAUAGUGUGUGUACUCUUGUGGUCCAUCUGCCACUUGGUGUUCAUCAUCACGGUGUGGGGCUUUCACACUAAGCUCAGCGACUGCCAGCGGCUCUGCAUCUUCCAGGGUUCAGGGAUCAGUGGACUGGACAAGAUCAUGGCCUCAAAGGGAAUGAGACACUUCUGUCUCAUCAAUGAACGUCUGGUGAUGUUCACGCUGGCGACCACCGUGGCUGUGGCUGCUCUUUGUUGGCAGGCGUCCAGCAGCAUCUUUGUGAGCAUGUUCCUAUUUGUUCUGCCUCUGGAGACCUUGUUCCACGGACUGUUCUACGAGCUGGGAAACAGCUUGGGAGGGACCUGUGUGGGCUACGCCCUGGUUAUUCCCACCAACUACUGCAGCCCUGACGGUCAACCUUUGCUGCUGCCUCCAGACCAAGUGCAUGAGCUGAACAAACGCUCUACAUGCAUGCUGAACAAUGUGCAGCGUUUCUUCGCUCAUCACCUGAUUGAGACGUUUGGCUGUGACUAUUCCACCAGCGGGGUGACCCUGGAGGCUCUUCAGGCCAAGAUCAAGUCCUUCUUAGACCUACGAACAGCGGAUGGGCCACGUCAUGACACCUAUCUGAUCUUCUACAGUGGACACACCCACAGGACUGGGGAGUGGGCACUGGCAGGAGGAGACACCCUACGGCUGGAGAACAUCCUAGAGUGGUGGAGGGAGAAGAACGGCAGCUUCAGUUCACGCCUCAUUCUGGUGCUGGACUGUGACAACUCCUCAGUGUGGGUGAGGGACAUCAAGAAAGUGGAGGGACAGUAUUUGGCUGUGCAGGGAGCGACUCUGGCCAGAGUGACAGACAUGGAGCAACAGGAUCCCCCGCAGCUCGGUGACUUCACAGCCCAGUGGGUGGAGUACAACUGUAACUCUGACAGCAGCAUCCAGUGGUCACAGAGGGGAAGGGCAGUCUCCGCCACAUACGGCAUCUCUAAACACUGGAGUGACUACUCGUUACAUCUGCCCAACGACAGUGACAUCACCAACCACUGGAACAUGUACUAUCCCCGCGUCACGUACCCGGUGGUGCAAUGUGCGCUGUGGUGCGGGACCAUGAAUUUCCUGGGCGUUGGUAACUUUUGCCUAAGAUGUCUCAAGAGAAUCAAACUCAACUGGUUUCCACCAGCCAUACUGGACACUGGCCAAGGCUUUAAACUGGUCCGAUCUUAGAGGAAAUAUGCAAUAUAUUAUAACUAGACGGAAAACUGGGUCAAAUCCCCAACUACCGCAUUUGUUUUUGUUACUGCAAAACUAACGAGUUACUGAUUAAUGAUUUAAACUUGUCAGUUAACUAUCAGCGUUCCUAUUUUCAAUAAUGUGUGGUUGUAACUUAGAAAUCCCUGUCAGAUGUUUUUAUUUGAGACUGAGCACAUUUACUCCUCACAGUGCCUUAUCACAACCCACCAAAGAACAUCAAGGUCACUCGACUGACAUUCUUAAUCUUUAAACCAAAGAAGCUUUGGUACAUUUCGAGAAAAAAAAUCUCAGGUUGAAAUUAUAUUGAGUUUUCUAGAGCACAUUUUGUACUUUAAAGAGUAAAAUAUUUGUCUUUGAAUUCCUACACUUGUGAAAGCUGUGAGAAUAUUAUGCACUCCUUUUCUAUGAACCAAUCAAAUAUCCUAUAUACCCUUGUGAGAAACUAUGCAAUAAAAUACAGUUCACUGCCUAAGCCAAUAAUUCCUUAUCUUUGUGCCCACUCAGCCUUUUACUGAAUAUAGCAGCUCAACUCAUGUGCAAAAUUUAUAAGAUAGAACCUUUAUAAUACGGUUAUUUAAGUUGUGUGCACUAUGAAAAAUGCAUUUUCUUAACGCUUGUUUAAAAGUGUUUUUCUAAAGGUUUUUUGUAAAACCAUGAAAACUGUUUAUCAUUUAUUUGCAUUGAGUAUUGAAUUAUUGACUAGUAAUUACUGAGUGCCAAGUUCAAACCUGUCACUUUCCAUGAAUGAACCACUUGCUUUGAAUCUAAUAAAUGUUUUUUGUCA